CGGUCCGAUGCGUACUGCUCCGUUUCAUUUCCUUCAAACAGAGGAUUAAGUUUAGGGUUUAGGGUUUUUGUUAUCCGUCAGUCUCGCUGUGCCCCUAAAACCCUGAACCCACCAUGGCUCGAUUUCCGAGGUCGCCCAAGCCGUCCCAAUUAUUUUCCGUCUACUCCUCUGUUAGAGGUACGUCGGCUCCGUCUACAUCGCCAACAGCCGAUCUUCUCCGGGGAAACUUCCACAUCCUACGUCAUUUAUCUUCAGGAAGUGCGGCGCGGGCAAAAUCGGACAAGGAGCCAUGGUGGAAAGAAUCGAUGGAGCGGCUCCGCAACAUUGGGAUUUCGGCCCAUAUUGACUCCGGCAAGACGACGCUGACCGAGCGGGUCUUAUUCUAUACCGGUCGCAUCCACGAGAUUCACGAGGUUCGUGGCCGCGAUGGGGUUGGUGCCAAGAUGGAUUCGAUGGACCUUGAGCGCGAGAAAGGUAUCACCAUCCAAUCCGCUGCGACUUACUGCACAUGGAAAGGCUAUCAGGUAAAUAUAAUUGAUACGCCGGGACAUGUAGAUUUUACGAUUGAAGUGGAGAGGGCAUUGCGAGUACUUGAUGGUGCCAUUCUUGUGCUUUGUAGUGUGGGAGGAGUGCAGAGUCAGUCCAUUACCGUAGAUAGACAAAUGAGAAGAUAUGAGGUUCCAAGGCUUGCCUUCAUCAACAAAUUGGAUAGGAUGGGAGCCGAUCCAUGGAAGGUGUUGGGCCAGGCAAGGUCUAAACUACGACAUCACAGUGCAGCUGUGCAAGUUCCCAUUGGACUGGAAGAUGAUUUCCAAGGGCUUAUUGACCUUGUGCGGUUAAAAGCUUGUUACUUUCAUGGUUCCAAUGGUGAAAAGAUUGUGGAGGAAGAUAUACCUGCCAAUAUGGAGGGUUUGGUUCAAGAGAAGCGCCGAGAACUAAUUGAAACAGUUUCUGAAGUGGACGACAAACUUGCUGAACUCUUUCUCGGUGAUGAGACUAUAUCUACUGCAGACCUUGAGGAGGCAAUUCGCAGGGCAACCAUAGCACGGAAAUUUGUACCAGUGUUUAUGGGCAGUGCAUUCAAGAACAAGGGAGUACAGACUCUUCUGGAUGGUGUACUUAGUUAUUUACCUUGUCCUAUUGAAGUUAGUAACCAUGCUCUUGACCAAAACAAGGAUGAGGAGAAGGUUACAUUGCUUGGAUCUCCAGAUGGACCUCUCGUUGCAUUAGCUUUCAAGUUAGAGGAAGGGCGCUUUGGUCAGUUGACAUAUCUGAGGAUCUAUGAGGGUGUCAUUCGGAAGGGCGAUUUUAUAGUUAACGUAAACACUGGAAAGAGGAUUAAGGUUCCAAGGUUGGUUCGUAUGCAUUCUGAUGAAAUGGAGGACAUUCAAGAGGGGCACGCUGGGCAAAUUGUUGCUGUAUUUGGAGUAGAUUGUGCUUCAGGAGACACUUUUACAAACGGAGCAGUUAGAUACACCAUGACUUCAAUGAAUGUCCCUGAGCCGGUGAUGUCAUUGGCUGUUCAACCAGUCUCAAAAGACUCAGGGGGACAAUUUUCAAAAGCUUUGAAUCGCUUUCAGAGGGAGGAUCCUACAUUCCGUGUCGGUUUGGAUCCUGAAAGUGGACAGACAAUCAUAUCUGGGAUGGGAGAGCUGCAUUUGGACAUAUAUGUGGAACGUAUUCGAAGAGAGUACAAGGUUGAUGCUACUGUUGGAAAGCCUAGAGUGAACUUCAGAGAGACUGUUACUCAACGGGCUGAAUUUGAUUAUUUGCAUAAAAAACAGUCUGGUGGACAAGGUCAAUAUGGACGAGUAGUUGGGUAUAUAGAGCCACUUCCUCCAGGGUCGACUGCUAAAUUUGAAUUCGAGAACAUGCUUGUGGGGCAAGCUAUACCAUCUAAUUUUAUCCCAGCAAUCGAGAAAGGGUUUAAAGAAGCUGCCAAUUCGGGUUCUUUGAUCGGGCAUCCAGUUGAAAAUAUUCGUGUUGUCUUAAAUGAUGGUGCUUCUCAUGCUGUGGAUUCUAGUGAACUUGCAUUUAAGCUCGCAUCAAUAUAUGCUUUCAGACAGUGUUAUCCUGCUGCCAAACCUGUGAUAUUGGAACCUGUUAUGUUGGUGGAAUUGAAAGUACCGACAGAAUUUCAGGGAACAGUUGCUGGUGAUAUUAAUAAGAGGAAAGGUUUGAUUGUUGGAAAUGAUCAAGAUGCUGAUGACUCUAUCAUAACUGCACAUGUUCCUCUGAACAAUAUGUUUGGCUACUCUACUGCUCUUCGUUCAAUGACACAGGGCAAAGGUGAAUUCACAAUGGAAUACAAAGAGCAUUUGCCAGUUUCUCAAGAUGUGCAGAUGCAACUGGUCAACACUUACAAGGCUAGCAAGGGAGCUGAAUAGACAGUUUUUGGUCCUUUUGCUAUUGGCCUCAAAUGCUGCCCAAGCACGUCGGAUGAGCUCAAUGCCGACAGAGCAGCUUCUUCUCCCAUAAUAGUCUCUAAUCUUCAUAUUCUUUGAGUCAUAUAUUCAUCUGAUAAAGGGUUUUCAGCUUCAAUUUUUCUGUCUUGUAACUUAGUUCACAAGUUUGAUCCAUGUGAUGAAUGAGUUUUGGAAAUGACAAAUAAAGAGGUGUUUCUGUAGGUUAUAACAUUAUGGGUGUAUAAGUUAUACACGCCUCUCAAGGAACAUGUAUACGUUAUACAGUUCAAUUCGUUCUUAUGAAAUCAACCUUAUAAUCUCAUGAUUUACAUUA